CUCGUUUUUUAUCGGAAGCUUGUGAUUUGGUUUUUGAUGCAGCAAGUAGAGGAAAAAAUUUUUUAAUUGUGGGUACUAACACUAAAACAGCUAAUUUAGUAGCCCGAGCUUCCAUAAAGGCCCGAUGUCAUUAUGUUAAUAAAAAAUGGCUUGCCGGUAUGUUAACGAAUUGGUCCACCACAGAAACAAGACUUCAGAAGUUUAGGGACUUGAGAAUGGAACAAAAAAAGAGGGGGGUUCCAUUAUCUUCCAAAAAGAGAUGCAACUGUGCUCAAAAGACAAUUAGCGCGUUUCGAAACAUAUCUGGGUGGAAUUCGAUAUAUGACAGGCUUACCCGAUAUUGUAAUCAUUAUUGAUCAGCACAAAGAAUAUAUGGCCUUGCGAGAAUGUAUAACUUUAGGAAUUCCAACAAUUUCUUUAAUCGAUACUAAUUGCGACCCCAAUCUAUCAGACAUUUCAAUUCCAGCAAAUGAUGACGCUAUCUCUUCAAUUCGAUUGAUUCUUAACAAAUUAAUAUUUGCAAUUUGUGAGGGCCGUUUUAGCUAUAAAUAUAAAUUCUUGAUAAAGAAAUAAAAAAAUAACUAAUAAAAAAUUAAAAAACUUACUUCAAAAAUAACAUAGAUUCCUUUCAUAAGUUACUGAGUCUUCAAAAGUUAGAUUUUUUGAUUUGUUUCUAUUAAAAAUGACAAGAUCCAAUUGAAUUAGACAAAUAGAUUUUGGCAUUAAAAUAAUUAAGGGGGUCAUAUGAAUCUUUUUUUUUUUUUCUAGCAAUUACCCCAUGGGGUUAUACGAAAUAUCUGGUGUAGAAGUAGGUCAACAUUUAUAUUGGCAAAUAGGGAAUUUCCUAGUCCACGGCCAAGUCCUUAUAACUUCUUGGGUUGUAAUUGGUAUCUUAAUUGGUUCUGCUACUCUAGCUGUUCGCAACCCACAAAUCAUUCCUAAUGGGGGUCAGAAUUUAUUUGAAUAUGUUCUUGAAUUCAUUCGAGAUGUGAGUAAAACUCAAAUUGGCGAAGAGUAUACCCCUUGGGUUCCUUUUAUUGGUACGAUGUUUCUAUUUAUUUUUGUUUCUAAUUGGUCCGGGGCUCUUUUACCUUGGAAACUACUCAGAUUACCUCAUGGGGAGUUAGCCGCACCCACGAAUG